CCCUAUGGGAUUAAUAAAGAAUAACUACUUUCUUCUUCUAGUAUUCUAGUCCAGUGACGGCUAGUAUCGGCAGUAGUAACUGGACGUCUGCUAGUAGGCCUCGUAGCAUUGUAGGCUAACGUUAUAGUGGUAGCAUUGUUGUAUCGUAGUAUAACCAUUGUAAACGAGUGGUAGUAGUAGUUGUGUAGAUUAAUAGUAGUAAUACUGCCGUGGGCUAGUAGUAACGUGCUCGGUUGAAUCAUUUCGAGGGAGAAGGAAGUAAGAAACGUCGAUCGUCGUCCCGUCUGCUCCGUGCUCUGGCCCUUUAAAAACGCUCGCUACUUUCCGGAUUUGCUCGGCACUGCUCGUCAUCGACCUCUUUCACUGCGGCUCCCAUCGCCGAGCGGACUGGCCCGCUUCUCUCAUCCGAGACCUCAGCGCAGACCGUCGGAUCUAUUCAAUCACCAACGCCGGCUCCCUGAAAGCCUCCAACUCCUGUAGAAAUGCAGGCUAUCAAGUGUGUGGUGGUGGGCGACGGGGCGGUGGGUAAGACCUGUCUGCUGAUUAGCUACACCACCAAUGCCUUCCCUGGGGAAUACAUCCCCACUGUCUUUGACAACUACUCUGCCAAUGUGAUGGUGGAUGGGAAACCAGUGAAUCUGGGCCUGUGGGACACAGCGGGACAAGAGGACUACGAUAGGCUCAGACCACUGUCUUACCCACAGACGGAUGUGUUCUUGAUAUGCUUCUCCCUGGUCAGUCCGGCCUCCUUUGAGAACGUCCGAGCCAAGUGGUACCCUGAGGUGAGACACCACUGCCCCAACACGCCCAUCAUCCUUGUGGGCACCAAGCUGGACCUGCGAGAUGACAAGGACACUAUUGAGAGGCUGCGAGACAAGAAGCUCUCCCCCAUCACCUACCCACAGGGCCUGGCCAUGGCCAGAGAGAUUGGGGCCGUGAAGUACCUGGAGUGCUCUGCGCUGACCCAGCGAGGCCUGAAGACGGUAUUCGAUGAGGCCAUCCGCGCCGUGCUCUGCCCUCCGCCUGUGAAGAAGAGGGGGAAGAGGUGCACCAUGUUCUGAGGAGGAAACGUUGCUUCAACACUACACUACAUCACCAUGUACAACAACCACUACUUCUCUAAGAGGAUGAGAGAAACUAGCACGAGUGAGUGUGCACUGCUGAGAUUGCUUUCUUUAUAUUGAUGUUUUUUCAAAGCAACAUUGGUAUAUUUAAUCCAAUUUUUUUACCAUAACUGAAUAGGCUCAUAGCGUCUCUGUGAAAGACAUUGAGUGUCCACCUACUUUGUACUCAUACAACCACAUCAAGUUGCCAUGGGGGCUGACAAAGGUCUCUAUUUACUGCUUUCUGCGACAUCUCUUCUUUUUCAGCCAUGCUUGCUUGAAUUAAGGCACUGUUGACCAGAUGGAAAGAUAACUAUGAAUACGCCUUCAGGUCUGAAGUUACCCUCUGUCCCUGAUCUAAGAUCAGUGUGCAUUCUACUGGCAUGCUGGCAAACAUCUGUUUAAAUUAUUAUUAUUAUUAUUAUUAAUCCACUUAAAUGUUAAGUAAUGUGGGGUUUUCACCAGAAAUAAAAAGGCUAAGUGAAAGAGACAGAUUUAUUAGAACCUAUUGCUGUACUUCAUCUUCUUAGAGGGCCCAGACUCGAAAUCCAGUUUCAUUCUUCUACCUGCUCCCUAUUUUCCAAUGUUUUUGUAUAAUUGACCAAUGGGGACAAUGAUUCAGCCGCGAUGGAGACUCACUGUCAAUAUGCGUCCACUAAAAGUCUUAUACCGUCAAUGUGUGUCCACUGAAAGUACCUAUUGUUGCCUCUGACCGGCUCAGAUUGUUUUAGGAAAGAACUCUACAAAAUGAAAAGAGAGGAGGACUCCCGUUCUGAAUAGAAACAAACUAUUAUCUAUUAGCCUGAUGUUGCUAAUACAAUGUGAUGUGCAAUGUAAGGAAACUAUUGUUUGUUACAUGCCAUUUAGCUGACUCUUUUAUCCAAAGCGACUUACAAUAAGUGCAUUCAACCAUAGCCAUACAUAUAACCAUAUUUCUUAUUGAAAGAUGAUCAAGGGUCUGUACCAAAUAAAGACUUUCUCUAGUCUGGUCCUAUUCUUAGAAUGUGAUGUGUUUAUACGGACAGGAAAUGAUAUUCAACAUUUCAUGCCUCUUGCUAUCAGAGGAUUUCAAUAAAAAUGCUGAUUUAUUAUUCAGCCCUGGUGAGUUGGCUUGUUGGAAGACAGUGGUGAACACGUGAGAGUUGGACAGAGGGGUCACAGGAAGAGUUUGUUGUGUUGGAGGACAGAAAGUGUGAAAUGUCAUGGCUGAAAAUGAUUUGGACUGUGUAGGGGGGGGGGGGUCUUUGAACUCGAUGGCCACCUGUAUUGAUUUGAGCCGGAGUACACCGGUGCUGUAACUCUAUGCAUCACAGAAGAAGAACCCCAUAUUUAGAGUGGGGCUUUGUUGGACACACACACACACACACACACACACAAACAAACGGAAGGUGAGCGAUAAAGAAAAAGGUUCUAUUGCUCUGCAGGGUUCUGACAUAAUACAGCAAUCUGAGUCUGUCAGAGGUAAAAAGCAUUGAUUGAUAGAGCGGUUGCCCUUAGUGAUUAUGUUGCAGGCUCUUUAGCGUCUGCAGUGUUCUCAAUACUGGACCAGAAAUGGUUAUUCCCAUUGGACGCUCAGUCACAAAUAAAUGGGAAGAUAGGGUCCAGGUGGAAAAAAGGCAGCAUCAUUAUUUUUAGUUUCGUGGCAAUAUUCUGCAUGUAGGAAAUAGGUGUAUUUAAUGAAAUUGCUGCAUGGAUCAUGUGGAUCAGGGUAAUGUUCCAGUUUGGGAAAGCUGGAGCAGUCAAAGGAACAAAGCAGUGCUUGGGCUUUGGGCAUCUCAGCACUAUGUAAUUGCUGCUGAUAGAACGAUGGACAGAACUAUGAUGUGUUCCUCUGAAAGGAUUAUAAGGAAAUAAGUGUCAACUCAUCACUUGCUUUGGGCUUUUUAUUAUGUUUAUUGUUAUUAUGUUAGACCUCCACAAGUACGGCUUACUCUUGAUCUAUUGUUGAAUAGUAGUUAGACAAAACAGAUGUACUCACUUGGUUUCCGAGCCUCUUCAUGAAAAUAGAAAAUAGAGAAAUAAGAUGAUUUGCUGUCUCACCCGAUCUUUGCAAUCUUUUGUUGGUGGAAAGAAUAAUCCCCGUCAUGUUACUUUGGACAAACAUCUGAUCUUAGUCCAGCGUCUUUGGGUAACUUCAACUAACUGUGAACACGUGACAGACGAGCAUGCCAAACAUGGGGGCUGUACACCCUUGCUGCCUCAGUUCUGCCUCUGGGGCUGUAGGAGCUUGCAUGGGUCUUAAAAUAUUCUGUCUUAAUUUAUCCAAUUUUUUUUUUAAAUCUUGUCUGUUCCUGUGUGUGCGUGCGUGCGGGUCUGUGUGUGUGCGCGAGCAUGUGUUGUCAGUGAGACUGCUUUGUUUCACGGUUUGGGGGCAGUGCAUAAAAGACAGUAUUGUUUUGAGCCAAGUUUUUUAGUGUCCAGUUUUUUGGUACUAUUUCAUAUUGUAUUGUAGUAAUAUACAAGACUUUUCAACAAUCUGUGGACAUAAAGAAAAAAAGGAUAUUAUUAACAUCUAGUGAUGUACAGAAUACUCCUCAGAAAAGGAAUGCGUUAUGAAUAUCUACAUGUACCUGAAUAUUUAGCUCUUAAACUAAAACAAUUCAAACUAAAGGGAUUAUAGUCGCUUGUGUUGAAGUUAGAAGUGUUGCUAACAGUGUACAAUAAAGGGGCUGAUCUUCUUUAUGAAAUGCAUUUGUGUGGUUACAGGCUGCAGUGUGUCUGUCUCCCUCGUGUGGUGAGACGCAGCACUGCGGCCCACUCCGUCACGCUGUCUUUGGUUGGCAUAGCAUACUGUGUGGUUGAAUCAUGUCGUGUGGUCCUGCCUAGCUAAGGUGUUGAACUGUAGAUGAGAAAAAACACAGCAAAACACUGUAAUCUACUAUUGCAUGGAAGUUCUCUGGUUACUUGACCCACUGUAAUUCUUAGGCAAGGUUGUAUAAUGAAAUGCAUUGGCCAUGUACGUAUGUAAUGUAAGAUGACCUGUAUAAUUGUUCCAACUGUUUGUCUUAUUUUUUAUUACUUCACAUGUCUGUGUGGUGAAAUAUUUCAAUUUUUUGUAUACUAAAUACAAAUGUAUAUGUAAGGCAA